CCCACCCCGCCCGAGUCCUCUCCCGAGCGGCCAUGGGGACUCCGGGCAGCCCCGGGGCCGAGGGGACCUCCCCGGAGCCGCCGUCGCCCGAGGUGCCCGAGGGCAACGCGUUGGAGAUCCAGCCCGAAGGGGCUUCGGCCCCGCCGCCGGAGCACCCCGAGGACGCGCGUCGAUCGCGGGAGGCCUCCCCCGCGGAGCUCGCGAGUCCCUGCGGAGACACCGAGCAGCAGCAGGCCGAGGAAGAGGAAGACGUCGGAGGCAGCAGCACCGAGAGCAGCCGCGACGCGGCGGAGCCCCCGCCUCCCGAGGAGGCCUCGACCACGCCUCCCUCCGCCCAGGCCACGCCCCCAGCCAGCCACGCCCCUCCUGGAGAUGGGGUGCGAGGGGCGGCACGGCGUCUGCGUGGGCAACAGCUGGAGGCCCUGACUCGCGUGGCCCUGAUGGAGCAGCGAGUGAAGGAGCUGCAGCGCCAGAGGAAGGAGCUGCGGAUCGAGAUGGAGGUGGAGGUGGCCCUGCUGCGGGGCGAGCUGGCCGGGGAGCGAGUGGCCGCCCGGAGAGAAGAAGAGCAGCUGCGGGAGCUGCUGAGCCGGCAGGUGGACACAGAGCGGGGUGCACGGGAGCAGGAGCAGAGACGGCUGAGCCAGGAGCGGGACCGAGUGGAGGGACUUCGCCAGCGACUCCGGGAGGCUCAGGGACAGCUGGACUCACAGCCCGAGGAUCAGCGGGAGCGGCUGCUGCAGAGGGUGCAGGAGAUUAGGGAGCAGCUGGAUGGGGCGCAGCGAGCCUACGAGGAUCUGGAGUUCCAGCAGCUGGAGCGAGAGAGUCGGCGGGAGGAGGAGGACCGGGACAGCCCUGGGGCCCAGGCUCCAGACCCCAAGGUCCAGGAACUCCAGGCCAGUGUGGCGCAGCACAAGCGCCGGAUCCAGGUCUUGGAGGAGCAGCUCAAGUCUCUGGGGGAGCAGAUGGCAGCAGAGAGCCGGGGGCUCAGCCGAAAGAAGGAAGAAGCGCUCCAAGCCUUGACCCAGGAGCGAAACCGGCUGCUUGAACUCAACUGCCUGCAGGGGACCCCUGAAGGAGACUUCUCGGAGCCCAACCAGGCCCUCACUAAGCUCCUAUUCACCCAGAAGACGGACCGCCAGCUGCUGCUGCUGCAAGACUCUAGUGUCCCCGCAACUGCCACCUCCUCCUGCCUCUUCUCCGUGCACAGCUCCAUGCAGGGCUCCAUUGGCCUUCAGAGGACUGGAAGUUUACCCCGGAAGAGGGGCGAGAGGAUGAGCCAGAGAGGAUCCCCCAGGCCUCUGUCCCUCCAUUGUACUGUACCCCUGGAGACUGCUGCUUUCCCACCGGUGGCUGGGGACUCUGGGAGACACCCCCUGUAUCAGCUGAUGAACUGUGACUCCAGGAAUGGCUGUGGGGGUCUGCACCCCGAUAUCGCCCGCAUGGAGCGGCUCCUGCAGCAGGCCAUGGAGGAGAGGGAACGACUGCUCAAAGCCAGGGAAGGGACGAGGAGGCAUCUGGAAGGUUCCCCAGGCCCUGCUGUUCCUGCCAUCAUGGCCCCUCCCUCGCCCCCACCCCGCCCACCUGGCCCUCGGGUCCUGGACCUGCGGCUGCAUCUGGAGCGAUGGGGUCACAACCCCGAAAACUGUCCACACCUCCGGGUGUCAGGGGGCUGCUGCAGAGGGCCCAUGGUGAAGAUGGGGGGCCGCAUCAAGACCUGGAGGAAGCGCUGGUUCCGCUUUGACCGCCAGGCCCGUCGUCUGGCCUACUAUGCAGACAAGGAAGAGACCAAGCUGAAGGGCGUCAUCUACUUCCAGGCCAUUGAGGAAGUCUACUAUGACCACUUACGCUGUGCCUUCAAGAGCCCCAACCCUCGCCUGACCUUCUGCGUCAAAACCUACGAGCGCCUUUUCUACAUGGUUGCCCCGAGUCCAGAGGCCAUGAGGAUUUGGAUGGAUGUCAUCGUGACAGCUGCUGAUGAGAACCACGCCCCCUGAGAGGCCCCGCCCCUGGUGG